GUUGAAAAUAAUCAAAGUAAAUGACUUAAUGACAGAAUAUAUACUUAAAAUGAGAGCAGAUAAUUAUUAUCAUUACUUUUAUUUCCUCGUCUUUUUUCCCCGACUCAAAUGACGUAAUAGGUGUGCGACGACGAGAGAGUUGUCUGUAGUCAGACGAAGGAUGUCAACAAGUUUAAAACAGGCUUUAAAAUCUCACUUUGGCUUCGACGGCUUUAGGUCUAAACUUCAGGAAGAUGUUGUUAAGGCUGUCGUUAGUGGUCAGAGGGAUGUGUUCGUGUGCAUGCCAACCGGAGCAGGGAAGUCUCUGUGCUAUCAGCUGCCUGCAGUGCUGGCCGAGGGUAUUACUCUGGUUAUAUCCCCGCUAAUCGCUCUCAUUCAGGACCAAGUGGAUCACCUGAAGGAGCUCAACAUCGCCGCCUGCUCCAUCAACUCCAAGCUUCCGGUGGGCGAGCGCCGUCUGAUCCUGGCUGACCUGGGGAGCAAGCGGCCCAAACUGAAGUUGCUCUACAUCACUCCAGAGAUGGUGGCCUCGCCCUCUUUCCAGCCCUGCCUGACGGGCCUGUGUUCCCGCGGCCUGCUGUCCUACCUGGCUGUGGACGAGGCUCACUGCGUCUCCCAGUGGGGCCACGACUUUAGACCAGACUAUCUCAAACUGGGCGAGCUGCGGGCUCGCAUACCGGGAGUUCCCUGUUUGGCGCUGACGGCGACAGCUCCCAAGAACGUUCAAGAAGACAUCGUUCAGUCGCUUAGGCUGAGCUGUCCGAUGUCUUUCGUCACGCCCGUCUUCCGCAGCAACCUUCACUACGACGUGAUCUUCAGGGAUCUGCUGCCGAACCCUUAUGCUCACCUCCAUGCCUUCAUCAAAAAAGCUCUGGAUAUGGACAGUGGAUCUGCUGAACAGGGCUGUGGGAUUGUUUACUGCCGAACCCGGGAUGGCUGUGAAACGGUUGCUUACCAGCUGAGCAAGCUUGGAGUCGUAGCGAAGGCUUAUCACGCAGGUAUGAAGGCAGCAGAUCGCACAGCGACGCAGAACGAGUGGAUGCAGGGGAAGGUGCUGGUUAUUGUUGCAACCAUCAGCUUUGGCAUGGGAGUGGACAAAGCCAACGUCAGAUUUGUCGCACACUGGAACCUUGCAAAGUCUCUGGCGGGCUUCUACCAAGAGUCCGGACGAGCAGGUAGAGACGGUCUGCCCUCCUUGUGUCGCACAUAUUACAGUCGGAAGGAUAAGGAGCAGCUAAACUUCCUCAUUCGGCAGGAAGUCACCCGGAGACAGGAGAAGCGAGGCUCUUUUAAGGAGACUGACAAAGCAGCCCUCACGGAUUUGGAAGCCAUGGUUUUGUUUUGUGAGCAUGAGGGAUGUCGCCAUGCCAACAUCUCCAAGUUUUUUGGGGACAAGACGCCAAAGUGCGCGGGCGCCUGCGACUUCUGCGUCAACCCCAAAGUCGUGCGGGCCCAGCUGGAGCGAGCGGCCGCCCUCAGCACCAACACCGAAGAGGGCCAGAGUGGAGAGCCCAAAGGGCCGUUCGGGUUCAUGCCAGAGCAAUACGAAGGAGGGAAGAAGGGCUACGGCUUCGAAAGGUUCGAUGAAGGGGAGGGUGGAAGUGCUGAAGAAGAGACCAAGAAGAGGAAGAAAGAGUUUUCUGACCUCUUCAAGAAGCAGAUGAAUCUACGGAAGGGCUCUGACGGCCUGAGGGAGGACUUUGUUCCGCCAGAUGCUGACUGUCCACUCAGAGAGGCCAGCAGCCAGAAGAUCCCCCGGCUCACGGUGAAGACCAGAGAGCAUUGCCUGUACCGCCUGAGAGAUGCUCUGCGUGACCACCAGGGGGCAGAAGACAUAUUCAGCUGCAGCAGUCUGAUGUCAGCGGUGGAUUUGGAGCACGAGGUUUUCAAAAGCUGCAAAUCCUCCAACUUGUACAAAGCUGCCAUCUUGAAGAAGGUGUCGGAGAUUACAAAAUCAGCCCCUCGGAUGGACGAAGGCAGCAGCAACGACUCCAGAGAAACGGAGACAAAGUAUAAACCCGAUGGAAAUUCCUCGUGUUUAUACCCGGAGGAAUUGCAGGGCUUCACCUCGGCCGCCCAGAUCUACUCUAUGAAGCGGAAAAGAGUGGGAGCGGGCCAGAGGGGCUCCUCUAACUGCUUCCAGUCCGCCAAGGACCUCCUGAAUCCUGUGUCUAGCAAAGCGACGGAGAACGGGGGCUUCAUCUGCGUCUCCUCUGUGGAGUCGGACGUCAAACGGAUCAGGGUGAAAGAGACGGAGACUUCACCGUCCACCAGAACCGGAGCUGGAGCCGUCAGCCCGGCCAAAGCAGGCCGAGUCAUGAGCAGGAAGCAGCAGAAGAUGGCGGAAGCGGCGAAGAGUUCUCGCAACAUCUCGCAGUACUUUGUGAAGAAAAAACCCGCGGAGGAGGAAGAGCUGCGCCUGGAGGAAGAGCUGCGCCUGGAGGAAGAGCUGCGCCUGGAGGAAGAGCUGCGCCUGGAGGCAGGCGGCUUGCCGUCAGAGACUCUCAGUGAGGUUUGUGAAGAGAACUCGAGGCAGGAGCUGCUUUCCCUGCCGAGCGAUCCUGCGCUUGAAGAGAGUGAGGAUCUGAUCCUGAUAGAACCUGAAAGGGAAAUCAUCGUCUUGUCCGACGACGAAGAGCAGGAAGCGGGAAGAGAAGCGACUUUGACUCAGGUCGAAGACAUUCCUCAUGAGGAUACGACUACGAUCACAGAACCAAACCAACCUAAAGAGGAGGAAGAAGAAGUACCUGCUAGUCUGCUUUUAGUUCAAGAGGCUGCAGACGAGGUGGAAGCGGAGCAGAAGGAGACGUCUCCUGCGGCAAAGCGCAGCCGGACGUUAGGUUCCAGCAAAAGGAGAGUGACGUUCAACCCGGAGGUGCAGGAGAGGUCGCUGCCGCCGCCCGGUGACCCCGGUGACCUCGGUAAACCCGGUGACCCUGUGAAGGCUGUGACGCUGCAGGAAACGGCUAACAUUGUGGUCCAUUAUCUCAACCCCUAUUAUACUCAGGGAAAGUUUGCUACUAAGGUUCUGUUUAAGUCUUUUGCGCGAUACUUGUCUCACCUUCUUACAGAGGGUAAAAGUCGUGAAAAAAACCAAGUUAAAGGUGAAGCUAAAGUUCUCAUCAAGACGUUCUUCAGCAGAGUCCAGCGCUGUGAGAGUGAGGCCGACUGGGCGCACCUGAAGAGACCGCACAACUCCAGAGCCCCAGAGAGCAAGGACUGAUGGGACAUGCAGUCCUUUCCCUGUGUCAAAGCCAUCUUUACCAGUGCCUGUCUGGAUCCUGCUGCUGAUCUCAGGCUUUUUAUUCAAAAAGCUUCAAAUGAAGGGCUUUCGCAACUGCUUGCACGUCAUCUCGACACAUGAGCAAUAAAACUGACAGUCUGUCAGUGUAACGAUGAGACAAGUGCUCUUAAUGUUUUUAGCCCCCUCGAGUCAAGUCAGGCAAGGUGUCCGAGUCCGCUUGGAUCAGCAACACUACAGCCUGAUCCUCGACUUGAAUCCAAGAAGUCGACGGGAUUUCUUUUCUUUGUGUUUAAAAUAAAAGGGUAGCAGUGAACGGAUUACACGUCACACACAACCGCAUUUAAUUUAUCUGGUUGAAGUGCCAUCAUAAGCAACAAAAGAUGAAUAUGUUGAUAAGCCCUUCAUGCCGGCUGUUCAGUACAGCGGAGGAGCCGCCAUGAUGUGGGCCUGUUUGUUUUCUAAAGGAGCUGAAGGGAACCUUGGUCACUCGAACACUUUGAUAUUUGAAAUGCAUGCCUGGCAGAAAACAGGAAGUGAUGCAGAUUGUAUGGUCAGAUAUGACACAAAGACAACCGUGUAAGUCCAUUUCGGUUCUCAGACCUAAAUCCUCUGAAAAAUCUACGAUGAGCUGAAAAGCGGAGAGGAUUCUGGGUGAUCUACUCAGACUGGGAGAAGAGGAUGUUUGACACGCUCACUGUCAUCUUCGUUACGCAUCAACGUCGUACUGUAAUGGUUAAAAGCUUUCGGACUAAAGUACCGCAGUGCAUCCUGAUGGAAACGUGACUAGAACAGAAAGAGUUUAAUAAAACGGAGGUUACUGUUCUGAGGACCACAUGUUUACCAAAUCACAUAGCAGCCUUCAAUGUGUUUUAUUAAAAAAAAAAAGAAGCUUCCAUUUUGUUUCUAAAAUGCUUUAGUUUGUAUUUUUCAGAAUUCUUGUCUGUGUAUUUAAAGUAGAGGGGGAUGAAGCCACUGCUUGAUUUUAGAACAUGGGAAAAGCUGCAUCCUCACUGUUGGGGGUAAAAAUAUAUUUUAGCCAUUUCCUCAUGUUGUAUUUGUGCUGCUGAAAAUCUGUUUUUUUUUUCUUCUGUAAAUAAAAGAUAGUUUUACUUUUA